CUUUACUCUCUCUCUCUCUAUGCUCUCUCUCCGUCUCAUCGUAUCAACCUCCCCAUCCCUUACCCUUAACCCUCCACCCUUAUAACCCGACCAGCACACCAACGGCAAACGCCAAUUCGAACAUCCGACUACUACUAUCUAAUAAGUCUGGAACUACCCCCGUAGGGUGAGGGUGACCUUCCAUACUCAUCUCCGUCUCUCUUCGUUUCUACUCAAUAUCAACAACAACAUCAAUAUCAACAUAACAUCAACAUCCGCAUCAUCAACCACCGUCAACAAUAUCCCACAACCCGCCAUCCUUCGAACGUCCCCACGCCUCGUCCGCGACCCUCCAUGCCCUGCUAUUCGCCCUCCACAUGGGUAUCCGCUACCCGGCUGUUGUCAACAUAAUCACCCUCAUCUUCUUCUUCGUCUACUUCUGGAUCGCUGCGUACCUGUGCUAUCGCCACGGCCUCGGUCAUAAUACACCAUGGAUAUGCAUAAUCGUCCUGUGCCUUUGCCGCCUGACCCAGGUCUCCCUCGAUCUGGCGGCCACUCAACUCUUCCCACCGUUCUCGGCCGCUAAUACGUCCCUUGAGAGUGGUGUCGCCAUCUUGACCGAGAUGGGCCUGACACCACUGUUCAUGGCUACUACAUCAAUGCUCAAUACUACCUCACGCCCCAAAGGACGUCGAAUGCAAUGGAUACUUCUCAUUCUACACGUUCCGCUCAUCGUAUCAUUUAUCCUCAUCGUUGCCGGCGGAAUUGAUCCUGAUUCCCGCGAUACCCCGACUUUCGCCUCGACCGAAGCCACCAAAGCCGGCAUCGCCUUAUAUUGCGCGUGUUUCGUUGUCCUGAUCUGGGCCACAGCGGUUAUCUCGUCUCGUCUAUACCUGGCCGACUCGUUCGAAGUCAAGAUACUUACCACCGUGGUUCUCAGUCUUCCUUUCUUCUUGGUGGACGUCGUCUACAUGAUGUGUUUCGCUUUUGAAAGUUUGUGGGGUAGCCAAACAUUCAAUGUUAUCAGCGGCGACGUCACAACUCAAUUGUGUAUGCAGGUUAUAAUGGAAUACAUAAUCGUUGCAUUGUACCUUGCCAUGGGUCUAGAGUUGCCCAACAAGGUAGAAAGAGCCGUCGAGGAGGUGGAUCCCGAACAACUGACAGCCACGUUUCUCUGGAAGCUUUACGAAGUAGGAUCAUCUGUUGUCGCUUUUGUUAUUAUGCCCGCCCUCCAGUUCGCACAUUGGUUGUUGGGAAGAAUAUUACGUUCCUGAACCUGUCUUUUAGCGAGCGAUACUUUUGGCAUUGCAUUUCAUCAUCAUGCGAACUACGAAAGUAGUAGCUUUACCCGUCCGUACAGGACGUCUAGUACGAUAGCGUCACGGCGCAUACACAACUAUUUUCUUUGAGGUGUGUUCAUACACGUUUACAUGACUUUUCUCAGUCUGACGGAGAAACGCCCACAUAGAUCGCAUCCCUCUCUCUUCCUCGGUCUAUCGGUCAUCGAAAUUCUUCGCAUCUACCCACCAAAUAUCCAUCCGCUUGCUUCGUCCCGCGUAAACUGGUCACUAUCAUACGAG